CGUGCUGUCCACCGGCUCCUGGAGCAUCGCCACCAUGGCCUGGCCUGGCCCUCCACCGAGCGCCCCAUCACCCAGCUGACCAACUCCAUCAUCCGGCGUGUGAACGAGGCAUCUGGGCUCUACCAGAUGUUCAGUGUGCUGGCUGACGUCAUCCUGCUGAAGGAGAAUGCCACAGCAUUUGAGUACCUGCAGGAGUUCCCCAUGCAGAUGCUGGCCCAGCUAGAGACCCUCACUGGAAGGAAGGCGAGGUAUGGGCUUUUCGUCAUCAACAUGGAGUAUGGAAAGAAUUACUCUGGACCCGACAAGGACGUCUUCUUCUAUGACCGGUCGGUGGGGCACAUGAAAGACGCGUGGCAGUCUAACUUCCUCCAUCCUGUCAUCUACUACUACAGACACCUGCCCACAGAGCAGGAGGUGAGGUUCCGCCCUGCAGACUGGCUGCUGCCUCGGCCCACAGCCAUCCAUCACAUCGUAGAAGACUUCCUGACAGAUUGGACCGCCCCAGUCGGACACAUUCUACCUCUGAGGCGCUUCCUGGAGAACUGUUUGGACACCGAUUUGAGAAACUUCUAUGCAGAGUCCUGUUUCCUGUUCGCCCUGACACGCCAGAAGCUGCCACCCUUUUGCCAGCAGGGCUACCUGAGAAUGCAGGGGCUGGUGGGGACCGAGCCCCUCCGGCAGCACGGAGUAGAGAGUGGGCUUCUGCGGGACUUCACCCCCACAGGCCAGCAGCCUGGCCACCAGGGGCCAGCGGCUCACCCCCAAGCCCCAGGACCUACAGUUCAGCACAUUGAUAACAAGAAGCAUGAACUCUGA